AUGAGGAUCAAUAUUACACGUCCAUUACAACUGCUACAAUUGUCCUCCUACUUGGGCAUCCUCCUCCUUGUCAAGUUAUUCAUUAUCCUGCCGCUGGCCGUUAUUUUGUUCAAUGACUUCUACCACCACUUACUACCGUCAGAUUCAUCGCAAUGGGUACCGUUAUCAGCUUUUAAUAUCAGAGAAGACUCGAACAGCACGACUGUUUACCAACAAAAGAUUAAUCGCAUUCAGACAGAGAAUGAGUUGCCAUCCAUAGUCGAUAACGGAAUGUCACAAUGGAUCAAUCUUCAUAAUCAAAUAGAAUACAAGGUAGAUCUGGAUACAAAGUUCUAUUGUGUACCCACCUGGCGUACUGCGUACCAAACAAGUAAUAUAGAUGAAGUUGUGAUGGAAGUGUACUCAUCAAAUUUUGCCAGUUCCCUUCUUUAUCGUCGCACGGUUCCCAUUAUUUGUAUGAAGAAUGAUGACUCUAUAAAUGCUUUAGAACUUUACAAAUAUGGACCUUCUAGACUGGAAUUGUUCAAAAAGGAAUGGUCGAACCACAUCAAGGUACAUGAUAAGAUAUCCGUCACUCAUAAUCUGCAAGCCUUCCGCUACGUGCUGAAAGCACCCAAGACUUUCAAACUUAUCAUGCAGCCAGAUUCUGGUUUUCGGUUUAGAAUGAGCUUUGAACAGGGGCUAAGAAAUGCAAUGCUGCGUUGGCAUAAAAUUACGUAUGCGGUUGGUAUUGUCGUUUUCGAUUUUGCCAUCUCUACCUUGUUCGCAUUUACUGCGUUCAUAUCUUUCUUCUUAAUCACGAGAAGAGGCACGAAUAAACUAAGCCCGAAGGUUGAUUAG